GGACUACCUACCCUUCCAUCAACGGAACAAGACAUGUCUGUCGAGCGAACAAAGAACAAAGACACCCAACCUGGGGCCAACCGAGAUAUCCUUUGCCGUCAAACGCGGCCUUCUUUCACGGGUAGCUGGAGAAAGCCCCCUUUUGUUCCAUUGUGCGGCGCUGAAAGAAGGACGAGGCCCACAAUGCGCAUCGGAGACGACGCACGGCCUGGGAACAAGAGUGAGACAUGUUGUUCGAGACAUGCACACGGACAUAGACAAACACAGACAAACACAGACAGAGAGAGACAGAGACACAGAGAGAGACAAGCAAACGCGACCCCCAGCACCCACCCCCCAAAAGACAAGCCCAGCCCAGUCCCCACCGAAAGAGAAGACAGGAGCCCGCGCACGAUUGGUCCAACCAUCCCCCAAACUAGAGCAUCACGAUCAGCCACGCCAGAUACCCAAUCGCCGCGAUCCCCAGCGCCUCGCACACGCUCCCGCUCGGCGCGCCGGCCCCCUCCUCGAGCCUCGCGGCCCCGGACGCCGUCGGAUGAGGCUCGAAGCUCAGCGGGGAGGAGCGGUUGUAGGGGCGAGGGGUGCUGCUGCUGCUGCUGCUGUUGCUGCCGGUGGCGCAGGGCGGCGGGGGAGGGGGAGGGGGAGUGAGUGUUUCGGCUAGGUCUGUGCUACAGGUAGUGGUAGUGUUUGUGUUUGUCAUUGUCGAGGUGGCCCGGCCGGAGGCGCAGAGGUGCGAGGAGAGAGCCGUUUGUGGUGUUGUUGGCUCGGG